GUGGGAAAGAAGAAAAAGAAGGAAGCGAGAAAGAAGAAAAGAAUUAAAGCGGAAAAAGAAGAAAAAACUGGAAAAAAAGAAAGAUAAAGUGAAAAAAAAGAAAGAGAAAAAGAAACAAGAAAAAGAAAAAGACGAAAGCAGAAAAAAAGAAAAGGAUGAAAAAUGGAAAAAAGAAAAUAAAACAGAAAAAAAAAAAGAAAAAAGAAAACAAGAAAAAGAAAGAAAAAGACAGAAAGAAAGAGGUAAGAGAAAAAAAAAAGCAGGAAAGGAGAAAAAGAAAGAAGCAGGAAAGAAAGAAAGAAUUAAAGCAGAAAAAGAAGAAAAAACUGAAAAAGAAGAAAGAUAA